AUGAGUGAGCAGGCACUGGUCCAUGUGCCUUCAUCAUCAUGCCAGGGGCCAUGUCAUAAGCCAGGCCUGCACCGAGCUGCCAUGGUCGGGAACAGUGAUGCCAUGGCUGCUCUGAUUCAGGGAGGCUGUGCUGUGGACCUUCAGGACAGAGACGGCAACACUGCACUGCAUGAGGUGUCUUGGCAUGGUUUCUCUCACUGUGUCAAACUGCUGGUCAAGGCAGGAGCUGCUGUACACAUCAGGAACAAGGCAGGAAACACAGCACUUCACCUGGCCUGUCAGAACGCACAUGCUCAGACUGCUCGCCUUCUGCUGCUAGGAGGAUCCACACCAGACACCAAGAACAAUAUGGGUGACACCUGUUUGCAUGUGGCUGCUCGCUACAACAACCUGACCCUGGUGAAAAUCCUGCUGAGUUCUCUGUGCUCUGUGACAGAGAGAAACCAGGGAGGCGACACAGCUCUCCAUGUGGCUGCGGCUCUGAACCAUAAGAGGACAGUUCAGCUCUUACUGGAGGCGGAUACUGAUGGGAAAAUCAGAAACAAUACAGGUAAAACAGCCCUUGACAAGGCCAGAGAUAACAACCACAAAGAUGUGGCACUUCUCCUGGCUAGAGCUCCUCAGAUACAUCGCUUCAUGCGAGGAAGAACAACAAAGAAACGAAAAGAAAGACUGACAACUGAUUGCAGGACACAGAUCGUCACAAAAGUAGAAAUUCAACCAAACAAAGACAGCAAUUAUGUGGUAGAGGAAAGCCCCAGCAAUGAACAAAUGGAGAGCAGAACAGCAGUUAAGGUGGGUCCUCACCAGCAGCAGAAGCGGCAGCAGCAUUACCACGAGACCCCAGCCACCAUCAGCAGCCCCUACAGCUACCACAAGGGGAGUAGAGUCAAGAAACAGGCAGCAGUGAGUCAUGAAUUGAAGAGUUGGUGUAUGUCCCUAGUGAAAGAUAUGGACGUCCACUUCCCAGCCAAACCCCAGUAUUACAAACUCCUCCCCUCACCGUCUAUGGAGCAGUCUGUGGCAGACACUGACCUGGAAUCACUCCCCCUGUUGGUUUCUGGAGACAGCAGCACUUCACUGGCUACCUACGUCAACAUCCUGCCAUCUAAAUCAACCCACAGUCUGGGAGGGCCAGAUCAGGAGCAGAUGGGAAGUGGGACAUACUUUGAAAUAAAACUGGACAGGUCACCAGAUGACUAUAAGAACACAGUUCUGUUUCCUCUGCCUGCCAACCACACCUCAUGCCUCCUGCUAGGCUCUGUUGACCCUCUCCGGCAGCCCCCAGGAGUGCAGGACAGCUUGAUAGCAGCAGUGGUGCCACAGUGUGGGGAGGGCUUCUCAAGCAGCAGCAGCCAGCCCAGCAUCCACAACCACAGAACCACACUGUUCCGACAUCGGGAACACAUCUACGACAGACAAUGCAAGAAACAGUUUGGAGAGCUGAAGAGUGCCUGCAGGCAUGCAGAGAUACACUCUGAGGGCACUAGAACACUGGAGUUCUUUAUCAACCAUCGCACUAAGCCCACAUUCACCCAGGAGAGGAACAAUCUGCAUGCUAUGGCGGUGACUCAGCGUUACUUUGAGACUGUGUCGACUCAGUUGGAGCUUUGGUACGAGAGGAAGAUUGUAGAGGUGGAGCAGCAGACGGAGCUCAGAGCCCAGCAGGACACGAAGGAGCUGCUGCAGCGAAUAAAAACACUGGAGGAGGAACUUCAGAGGCUGAAGACCAAUGAAAAUGCAGAAAGCUGAUGCACCCUGUGACAUUGACUAAUGUUGGAGGGAGACAGCAGACAGCAAAAACACAAAAUGAAAGUCAAAGUCUUAAUGUAAAGACAACCUAAUAAACAAAUAAAAAUGACAAACAGAUGUUAUAUGUACUAUGUAAUAUACAUGUUAUUUGUAAAUGUAUUUUAGUAAUGUUAUGACCUGUCUCAGACGACCACAACAAAAGGGAGA